CACAAGGCACCCACAAACCACAGCACACCAGUGCCACGCCGUGACCUCACUGGUGACACCCCACCUCUGCUGGGCGGGCCUCGCCUCUGCUGCCAGCCCGGCCAGCAUAAAGCCAGCCCAGCGCCUCUCGCCCUCACAGCCGCCUCCUGACGCCUUCCCCUGCGCUCUGCUCGCUCCACCAGGGACCCUCCACCCCACAGCCAUGGCCUGCUACGACGCCUGCCGCCCCUGCGGACCCACCCCGCUGGCCAACAGCUGCAACGAGCCCUGCGUCAGGCAGUGCCAGGACUCCCGCGUCUUCAUCCAGCCUUCCCCCGUGCUGGUCACCCUGCCGGGACCCAUCCUCACCUCCUUCCCCCAGAGCACCGCCGUCGGAUCCUCCUCAGGGGCUGCCCUGGGCAGCGAGCUCAGCGCCCAGGGACUGCCCAUCUCCUCCGGCUACGGCUCCGGCUUCGGCUACGGCUACGGCUUCGGGGGCCGGGGCUACGGCUGCGGCGCCGCCAGGGGAUGCUACACCUGCUGAGGGCCCUGCCCACCACCCUGCCACCACUCACACCCUGCAACAGCUCCUGCAACAAGCGCACCUGGCCUGAUGCUGGCCCUGCCUUUGCCCCUCGCACCCCCUCCCUUCCCCUUGCUGCUCCUGCCUUUGCCCUCAAUAAACUUCUCCUGCAGCACAGCCUCGGCGCCUCCUCUGCCUUCCUUCUCCCGAGCCUCUCACAGCCUCACACGGGACAGA